AGUCAAGCAGCCCAGCGAGCGGGCACCGAGUGAGCGCGCAAGCUGCUCCCAGUCCACCAUUACUACCCAGAGAUAAGCAUCUUACCUCCAAGGCUAUAACAAAUCGCUUUGUUGCAAGCAACAGGCUGACGGGGGCCCGGUUAGUGCAAAGAGCUUGUCCUGCAAGCAAGCUGUGAACAGCAACUAGCGGCUACGACACCGAAACUCGCCACCACGGCGCCGUCAUAAUACUACAUGCACCUAGUGGCGCCAAUGGUUCGGCCAAAAUCGCUCCCCGCCAUGCUCGCGCGCCCCGCCGGCCGCGCAGCGGCACGCGCGAGCGUGAGCAUGAGCAUGAGCAUGCCACGGGCCUCGCGCGUAUUGGGCCUCGUCGCGCGGGGCGGCGCCGCGGCCGCGGCGCCGCCGGAGGCCGGCGCGCUCGGCUUCAAGAUCGGAUUGGCGGUGCUCCUGUGUGCGUUCAACGCCAUGUGCUGGGCCGCGCCGCUGCGCUUCAAGCGCUUCACGGGCUCGUCCCAGAAAUUAGGUGUAGCAAGCACCUUCUCGGGCGGCGUCUUCCUCGCUUUAGCUUUUGGACAUAUGGUGCCGGAAGCCGCGGAAGCCUUCGGCGAGGGCGGCGCGGCGGCGGCCUGCCGCUGGACGCUGGGCGGCUAUUUGCUGAUCUGGGCCGUCGAGCGCCUCGCGAACGGCGCCGAGGCGCCGUCUUCCGAUCUGUCGGCGUCGGACGCGGCGGCCGGCGCCGCCGUCGGCGCCGCGCCGCCCGCCGAAGCGCAGACGAGCGGCAGCGCGGCGAUGCUGUUAGGUGCUUUAUCGGUGCACUCCAUGCUCGAGACGAUGGCUUUGGCAGUGGCGCGGUCGAAGUCCGCCGCGGCGUUGUUAGCUGGUUCUAUCGCUUUACACCAGCCCGCCGAGUCGCUCGCAUUAGUGGUUGCUCUACUACGAGCGGGCCUGCGGGGGCCGAAGCUCCUUCGCUUGUUAUUGCUCUUCACGGCGAUGGGCCCGCUCGGCUGCGUCGCCGGCUUAGGUUUACACGCGCGCUUCGGCAAACUGUUUGGCGGCGCCUUGGACGGUGCAUUGAUCGCGCUGACGGCGGGCACUUUUGUGUACGUGGGCGCGACGGAGGUCGUGCCCGAGGAGUUCGAGGACGGCGGCGCAUCGAAAGCCAAGGUCCUCGCGCUGCUGCUCGGCGUGGCGACGAUCCUCGGGCUGGCGCGCGUCGCGGACCUGCUCGAGGCCCGCGCGGGCUGAAGUCUAUCGAUUCAUCUUACUUGGUCUAA